AUGGUUGGCAUUGCAACACCAGAUGCUAAGCAAUCCGAAUCUUAUAUAUCCACAGCGGCCUUGUUCUAUACCUUCAGCGGCAAUGCCAAGGACGAAAAAGUGGUAAUCAGACUUCCCCAUGUCUGGAAAGACGUUUGGGCGGAACUUUCUGAAGCACGAAAAGCUCAAAUUGAUGAGCAAGACAGAGAUGUGGUGAGGGGCUUGAGAGCUCUGGUGCGUCAAAGACACGACCAGGAGCUUGAAGAUGGUGUUAUCAUUCAAGGCGCGUUUCGGGGACGGGGCGCCAAGCAUACUCACGACUCUGGCGAUGAUGGUGGUCAAGAUCGAUCAAGGCAGAGCACUGCAAAUGGGGAGUACUUCCAGAAGAUCUGGGCAGAGAAGUCGAGCACGCGCAAGUUUCAGAUGAUGCUGCAAUCCCGAAUGCAACUCCCCAUGUGGAAUUUCCGAGAGCAAGUCUUGACUGCUGUCGAUGAGAACCAAGUGAUAAUUGUUUGUGGUGAGACUGGAUGCGGAAAGAGUACUCAAGUUCCGUCUUUCUUGCUGGAGCACCAGCUUUCUCGGGGGAAGCCCUGCAAGGUUUACUGCACAGAGCCAAGAAGAAUCUCUGCGAUCUCUCUUGCUCGUCGUGUCAGUGAAGAGCUCGGAGAAAACAGAAAUGACCUUGGAACGAAUAGAUCCCUUGUGGGAUAUUCUAUUCGACUUGAGGCUAAUACCUCGAGGGAAACAAGGCUGGUGUAUGCAACCACUGGUAUUGUAAUGCGAAUGCUCGAGGGCUCCAAUGAUCUGCAGGAAGUGACGCACCUGGUGCUUGAUGAAGUUCAUGAGCGGUCUAUUGACAGCGACUUUCUUCUAAUCGUCCUCAAGAAGCUCCUCAUAAGACGCAAGGACUUGAAGGUUGUUCUUAUGUCUGCUACAGUUGAUGCGGAUCGUUUCUCUGCUUACCUUGGUGGAGCACCAGUUCUCAAUGUACCUGGAAGAACGUUCCCAGUGCAGGUUAGAUACCUCGAGGAUGCCAUUGAACUCACUGGGUACACACCUGCGGAUUCUGGUCCUGAUAAAAUGGUUGACUUGGAUGAUGAUCCUGCAGAGAGUGAAGGAGAAAGCACCAAGAGUGAUAUUUCCAAGAGUCUAUCAGGAUACGCCGCGAGAACACGGUCGACACUGGCUCAAAUUGAUGAGUACCGUAUUGAGUUCGAUCUUAUUCUGCAGUUGAUAGCUCAAAUUGCGGUUGACGAACAUCUGCGGGAUUUUAGCAAGGCUAUUCUGGUGUUUUUGCCAGGUAUUGCUGAGAUUCGUACACUGAACGACAUGCUGCUAGGAGAUCCCAGGUUUGCCAAAGACUGGCUUGUUUAUCCUCUCCAUUCAACCAUCGCUACAGAGGACCAAGAGUCAGCAUUCCUUGUCCCACCAUCUGGAAUUCGUAAAAUCGUUCUUGCCACCAACAUCGCCGAGACCGGAAUCACUAUUCCCGACGUCACUUGUGUCAUUGACACUGGCAAGCAUCGUGAGAUGCGCUUCGAUGAGCGACGCCAACUCUCACGCCUGAUUGAUACCUUCAUUUCCCGUGCUAACGCAAAGCAAAGGCGUGGUCGAGCAGGCCGUGUACAAGAAGGAUUGUGCUUUCAUAUGUUCACCAAAUUCCGUCAUGAUCAAUUGAUGAGCGACCAGCAGACGCCAGAGAUGCUUCGACUUUCUUUGCAAGACUUGGCGAUCCGAGUCAAGAUCUGUAAGAUUGGAGGGAUCGAGGAGACACUUGGCGAUGCUCUUGACCCCCCCUCGGCUAAAAACAUCCGCCGGGCGGUUGAUGCUCUGGUGGACGUUCGCGCCCUUACUCAAGCUGAAGAACUCACGCCGCUUGGACACCAGUUGGCCAGGUUGCCUUUAGAUGUAUUCUUGGGUAAACUCAUCCUGUAUGGAGUGAUCUUCAAAUGUUUGGACAUGGCUAUUACUUCCGCUGCUAUCCUAUCUUCCAAGUCACCCUUCUCGGCGCCGUUUGGACAGCGCACUCAGGCAGAUAAUGCUCGCAUGGCUUUCCGUCGGGGAGAUUCCGAUCCUCUCACUAUUUACAACGCAUACCUGGCUUGGAAGCGGGUAUGCCAGUCUGCUGGGGGCGGCGGAAAGGAGUUCCAGUUUUGCCGCAAGAACUUUUUGAGCCAGCAGACUCUUGCAAACAUCGAAGACCUCAAAGGACAACUCCUUACCUCUCUCGCCGACUCCGGCUUUCUUUCUCUCACUGAAGACGAAAGAAGAGCCCUUUCCCGAGCUCGAUUUUCUGGAGGCAGAGGACGAAGGCAGCAGCAAUUCUAUGAUAUUCCUCGAAGAGUCAACCUCAACAGCGAUAACGAUGUUGUCUCGGCAUCAGUUAUCGCCUGGAGCUUUUACCCCAAGAUUCUUGUGAGAGACGCGCCCGGGUCCAAGGGCUUAAGAAACAUCGGCACAAGUCAGUCCAUCAGUCUCCAUCCAUCGUCUGUCAAUCGGGGACGCCACGACCUUCGGUGGCUUUCCUAUUAUCACAUUAUGCAGUCCAGAGCGGUUUACCACGCCCACGAGGCUACUGCUGUGGAAGCAUUCGCCAUUGCACUGCUUUGUGGUGAUAUGUACUCCGGGGUCAUCGUUCUAGACGGGAACCGCGGUCGCUUUGCAGUACCAGACUGGAAAACGAUGCUAGUCAUGAAGGUCCUCCGAACACGUUUACGAGAGUUCUUGACGAGAUCUUUCAAGCAGCCAGGCAAGCUUCCUACUGCUCAGCAAGAAAAGUGGCUUGAUGUUUGGCAGAGGAUCUUCACACAAGAUUUUCAGGAUAGAUCUACCGCGGGCAUAAUGAGCAAGGGGUGA